CCGGUCGCAGGUCGCCAGUGGCUCACAGCCCCCGCCGACGACGUGAACGUGCUGCCCCGUGAGGACUGAGACCUUGUCGCCGACCCGUGCGUCCUCUUCCCGUUCGCGAGUGUGGCGGUGGACUUUCAGUGCCGGAAGUGUAGGAGAGUCGCGCCGUCCCGGACGACAUGUUCAGCCCCAGUCACGUCAACGGGGACCGAACCAACAAGAUCGCGCCGAUGAACGACGGCGCCAAGGGCAAUGGGGUCCUCCUGUACCCCCGCAGAGAUGACAUCCGCGACCUCCGCGACCUCAACGAUGAAGACUUGAUAGUGAAACACAACCGAUUCUACAGCGCGACGUACGAGGAGACGUUCCACCGGUCCAUCGACGACCCGGAGACCUUCUGGGGGGAGGUGGCCGAGGAGGUGUCGUGGACCAAGCGGUGGGACAGAGUCAUCGACGACACCAACCAGCCCUUCACAAAAUGGUUCGUCGGCGGAGAGCUGAACGCGUGCUACAACGCCGUGGACAGGCACGUGGAGGCGGGCCACAAAGACAAGGUCGCCCUCAUCCACGCCAGCCCAGUCACCAACACUACCAGGAGAGUCACCUACGGCGAGCUGCAGGACCAAGCGUCACGGCUGGCCGGCGCCCUCGCCGCCCUGGGGGUCACGAAGGGAGACAGGGUGCUCAUCUACAUGCCGCUCAUCCCGGAGACCAUCAUCGCCAUGCUGGCCACCGUCCGCCUCGGCGCCAUCCACUCAGUCGUGUUUGGGGGUUUCGCAGCACGGGAACUCCGCACGCGGAUCGAGCACGCCGAACCUAGAGUAAUCAUUGCGGCCAGCUGCGGGGUGGAACCCCACAAGGUCGUGCGGUACAAAGACAUUGUGAACGAGGCCGUCGCAGCCUCGAAGGUGAAGCCCGACCACUGCAUCAUCUUCCAGCGGCGGAAUGUGUUCGAGGCCGAGCUGACCCCGGGCCUGGACCUCGACUGGAGCGACGUGGUGGCCAAGGCCGCGCCGCACCCCUGCGUGCCCGUCGAGGCCAACUGGCCCCUGUACAUCCUAUACACCUCCGGAACCACAGACCAGCCAAAGGGCAUCCUCCGGCCGACAGGCGGCCACCUCGCCACGCUGUGCUGGACCAUGAAGACGAUCUACGGCAUGAAGUCGGGCGAUGUGUGGUGGACGGCGUCGGACAUGGGCUGGGUCGUGGGCCACUCCUACAUCUGCUACGGCCCGCUGCUGGCCGGGCUCACGUCCGUCAUGUACGAGGGCAAGCCGGACCGCACCCCCGACGCGGGCCAGUACUUCAGGAUAAUCCAAGAGCACCAAGUGAACGCCAUGUUCACCGCCCCCACCACGAUGAGACUGAUCAGGAGAGCCGACCCCAUGGUGAAGCUGGGCAGAAAAUACUCCACCAAGUCAUUAAAAAACGUUUUUGUCGCUGGAGAGCACUGUGAUCAGGAGACGCUCCAGUGGGCGGAAUCUGUCUUCAAAGUUCCUAUUCUCAACCACUGGUGGCAGACAGAGACUGGCCACGCCAUCACGGCGUCGUGCGUCGGACUCAACCACAGUACCAAACCCCCCAAAUACUCAGCGGGGAUGCCCUUCCCGGGCUACGACGUGCGGGUGCUGCGGGCGGACGGCGAGGAGGCGUCGCCCCAGGAGCUGGGCAGGAUCGUCGUGAAGCUGCCCAUGCCGCCGGGGACCAUGUGCACACUGUACAAGGCGGACGAGCGGUUCAAGAGCGUCUACUUCUCCAAAUACCCCGGCUUCUACGACACGAUGGACGCCGGGUUCCGCGACGAGUACGGCUACGUGUACGUGACGGCGAGAGACGAUGACGUCAUCAACGUGUCGGGGCACCGCCUGUCCACGUCGGCCCUCGAGGACGUGGUCAUGGCCCACCCGGACGUCAUCGACUGCGCCGUGGUCGGCGUGCCCGAGCCCACCCGGGGGGAGGUGCCCUUGUGCCUGUUCAUCAUGAGGCAAGGGUCCCAGAAGAAGGCGUCGGAGAUCUCCCGCGAGCUGGUCAGCAUGAUCCGCGAGCUGAUCGGGCCCAUCGCCGCCUUCAAGCUGUCCGCCGCCGUGCGGGGGCUGCCGCGCACCCGGUCGGGGAAGACGGCGCGCAAGUCCAUCGCCGACCUCGCCAGGAACAAGUUCGUCAAGAUUCCGGGAACCAUCGAGGACCCCACCGUGUACAGGGAGAUCAAGAUGGUGCUGCAAAAGUUAGGCUACGCCAAAACCGCGCCCGACCCAGAGUGAUGGUGGUCUUCCAUAGCGCCCACCAAAUAAACCUGACUUUGUGAUGUAAGAUAGUGUAAUUAUUAGUUGGCAAAGCACGAAAAAGAUGAACGAAAAUCUACCCUUUUUUUGGUCAUCUCGAUGUUUUAAUGUUUCGCCGACUCAGUCGUGUUGCUCUGCGUUCUCAAUGCUGUACAUUGUGAUUUUUAACGUAAAGUGUACAUGUCUGGGAUGAGGAAUCGACAUUUCAGAUGUUAAUGCGAUUAUUUUUCAAAUGGACAUAACAGUGUACAUAGACUUGAGAUGGAAACUAUACCGUAGUUUACAACAUGUCUGCUGGACAGAUAUUUAUUUUUUUCAUAAGAGCCUGGGCUACAAAGAUGUGCCCAUGGCGCGAGAUAGUGUAUUUAUUGUAGCAUUUGUUUUCCGUAAAGGGUAAAUUAUAUCAGAUUUUUAUUCGUUCUUGUCGCAAACUACUGCAUUUUCGUUCACUGCAUUUCAGAAGAGAUAUACAACGUGGAGAUAGAUCAAAAAUUCAGUGCAAGUUUAACUGAUCUGCAUGUCGAAAUAAAGUGACCAAGCGGUACAAAAAGAGA